GAUAUAUUCGUGCUGGAGAACCAAAUUCCGUUUAUUCUGUUAGAAGAAAUCCAGAAAGCUAUCCGAACCGAACCCCCUUGUGCAAAUGAUAACGGGAAAACAACAGUGAUAGUUUCCAAUGAUGCGGAAAAAUGGUCAGUUUCCGAUGAUGCUCAAGUCAUUUAUAAUUUCUGCGAGGCACACUCUCCACUUAAAUUGAUGGAGAACCGGCUAUAUCAGUUUGAACACAGACCUGUCCAUCUGCUGGAUUAUAUGUACCAUUUAAUUAAAACAUGCUACAACUCUGCACUUUCUUUAGGAAUUGGAGGACCUGCUGUACAAGCACUUCAGAAACAUAUACAGUUCAUACAAGCAUUGCCAUGGGAGAACAUUCGAUCUCUAUUUCAAAAAAUUGAUAUUGAUGGAAAUCAAAAUCCAGUAGAAGACAUCGAGAUUCCUUCGGUGUCAAGCCUACAAAAAACUGUGGGAAUAAGGUUCACCAUCACAGAAUUGGGAAUCAGGGGCAUCAAAUUCGAUGAAAAAAACACUUACUUGACACCUCCCUGUGAUCACUCUGAAUGA